UGACGUGGCGUUAGGGGAUUGGCGACGAUUUUGCCUUCGUUGCAAGUGAAUUUUUGUUUGUGUGGUCGUUGCACCUCAUCUUUCCUUUCGUCCCAGGCUUGCUUCUGUCUCUUUCCUUGCCACUGUUUAGCUCUACUGUGGUUUUCUGCAGGCGAUUGGUUGAGGUUGUCAGCGACCUCUCUGCCCGCUCAUCAGACUCUUCUCUACCGGCUCCAACCAAGUUCCCUUUUGCUCCACAUGACCUUUUUUUCUCUUUCUUUCAUUCUUUCUUUCGUGCAUUGGUCUUCAGACUCUUCACUGGAAAGCUCCACCAACCCCAACCACUCCAGUCGUCCUCUCCCCUUUGUUUCUCCUUUUCCUUUUUUAAUCAAUCAAUCAUCUAUGCCUUUUGCUAGAAGCGAUGGACUUGAGAUGACCACUCAGUCCUAUCCAUUCUUUAGCCUUUCUCUGUCAUACAUUACCCAUUGUGCAUUCCCGAAGUUGUGGUCAAUAUGAGAUAUGUGAAGAGAUCCCCAUCAAAUUCAACUUUCCUAUUCUCUUCUCUUCUUCCAUCUCCCUUUUGUUACGGGAGAAUAGAUGGUGAAAAAAUCAGUUGAGCAGAAAAAAAUGUUUUGAUUAAAAUAAAAUAAAGGAAAGAGGAAAAAGUGUUGAUUCUUCUAAUUCCUCCACUUUCUUAUGCCCGAGUUCUUUUGUACAUUUUUCUGCUUUCUGAAGAAACCGUGUUGUGGGUUUUUUUUUGUUUUUUCCCAAUAGAGCGAGGGAUCAAUGAUAAAGGAGCCAUCUUUUUCAGGUGCUGGCUAAUAUGAGGAGAGAAUGUGGGCUGAAUAAUGUGACAUGCAAAGUGCUGGGACUUACAUGGGGUGUUUGGGAUGAACAGAUAUUCACCGUGUGCCCAAAUAUUAUCCUUGGAGCUGAUGUCCUAUAUGAAACAAGUGCAUUUGAUUAUCUUUUUGCUACUGUGGCAUUUUUGCUCCAGAAUUCUCCCUCUUCGGUUUUUAUAACAACUUACCACAACAGAAGUGGCCAUCACCUGAUUGAGUUCUUGAUGGUUAAAUGGGGAUUGAAGUGCAUGAAGCUUCUAGAUGGGUUUUCAUUCAUGCCAGCUGACAAGGCAUCUGGAUUAAGUGGGAAUACACAGUUGGUAGACAUAAUUUUGGAUAAUAACAAACUAAGUUAGCAUAUGGUCGUGAUGCUUAUUGAGAAAAAUGUCUUUUAGAGAAAUGGUUGCAAUGUGCUUGGUGAAAGACUUAAAAAAGAGGCCAACUGCAGAGAAACUGUUGAAACAUUCCUUUUUCAAGAAUGCAAAGCCUCCAGGGCUUUCUGUGAAAAAACCCUCUACUGAUAUACCUCCGUUGUGGAAUCGUGUCAAGGCAAAUUUGAGUCUUAAGGAUGCCGCAGAACUAGCUUUGAAGAAAAUGCCUUCAGCUGAAUAGGAAGCAUUGUCACAGGUCUGGGGCAUCAGAAGAAUUUACUGGCUGUUUGAUCUUUUUCAUUCUGAGUUGUCAAAGCUCUUUUACUCUUUGAAAGGGAUUUCUACAUUUAAAACAGUGGUAUUUUUUCAGGCAAAAAUAACAAAAGAUGUAAAUAUUUAACUGCUGACCUCCUAUUUUCUUAACAUCUUUUUUCUGUCUUCUUUUUUUCCUUUUAGGUUUCUUAUUAGUUUGCUUUCAUGUGUUGUAGGUGCAAGUUUGGAGAUUUUGUCUUGGAUCACUAACUUUGCAUCAUUUUUUUUCGUUAUUAUUGUUUAGUUCUAUGUUUAGCUUCUUUGUUACAUGUGUUGUGCUGCUUUGGUUUAUUGCUCUUCACAUUAUCCUCAGCAUCCUCUUGCCUACUGCUACUGUUCCUUCAAAAAACAGGUAUUCGUUCUUUACCUCCUUUUUUUUCUUCUUAUUUUUCCUCCAGUGACGUGUUAUAGCUGUGAUAGUUGAUGUGAAACAUUUUUUCUGAUUCUCUUUUAUCCUGCAUGCUACUUCACGUUUAUCCUACAUGGUGGUUUACAUGUCUUGCAUUCCAUUUUUUUCCUGCUUCCUAAGAUUUGAUGGAACUACAUAUAUGGGCAAACAUAGAGAAUGGAAAGAAAUGAACUUUAUCUGUGAUGCCUUCUUCAGAUGAAGAUGCGUCAGAAAAAUUCUGAAUUGAGAAGACAUGACUAUAGAGUUCCAGUUUAAAUGAUAAAAUUAGUGAAAUUGAUUCAUGUAUACAACAAGGGAAUAUGCUUCUUAUACACUAAGGGAAAAGUUGUUUUAAAUCUUGAUUCAGUCCACAAUAAGGGAAAGCUGCAGACAGUAAGCAAAAUAGAUUUAAAGUUCGUCCUCAAUUUUGUUUUGAACUUGGUAUAUUUUUUUUCCCCAUAUGUUUUUUACCUCAAGUAUACAUAAUUUGAUUUUAGUGAACUCUAGACAAAGAUUAAUACGGCACAAGUAUCAUCAUCGAUGAACCAAAUUUUGUUCAAAACUUACCUGAAGGUGUGUGCUUCUAUCAAGUAGUUACCAAACAAAACAACUAUAAAUUUGUAAGUUUGGGGUAUUUUUCAUUUCGUUCUUACCAUUCAUAUUAUAUCACGUUCAUAAUUUUGUCUAAACAACAACAGAAAGUUCCAAGAUUUGUUGGAUACUUCAUACAUAGUGACCUGACGCCUUCAAUUACUUCGAGAACUGGAAGGAAAACAAUGACAAUUGCAAUGCGUGAGAGGCAGUUUGCAGAUAGCUGGGAUAUCUUUCUGAUUGAGCAUCAAUUGUAGCCUGGAGAAACAUUAGUCUCUGUUCCUGAUAAAAGAAGUUCCACCUACACUUUCCCCACCUUUGAUAAGGAUGGUGUAGAUGGUCAAUUCCCAUGGAAUAACAUGUUCUAACUGUACUCCAUAAUAGGGAAUACAACAACUUUGAUGUAUCUAAGUAAAUAUCUUCCUCGGAUUGUGUUUGUUAUUCUUUACCAAUUGAUAUAAGCAUUGCAUUUUCGAUGUAUUUGUUUGUUUCUUUUCAAUGUACUCUAUGAGGCUUGCUAAA